AUGGGCUCGUUACAGAACAAAGAUGUCGGUCUCGGCCAAGACUUCACGAAGCAGGUCAUUGCCUCCAUGGGCAAGGAGACCGACCCCAGGCUCCGUGUCAUUCUCACUUCCUUCAUUCAGCACAUCCACGACUUUGCGCGCGAGGUCGACCUCACCACGGAUGAGUGGAUGAUGGGUGUCAACAUGAUCAACUGGGCGGGCCAGAUGAGCAACGACCGUCGCAAUGAGGGCCAGCUCCUGUGCGACGUUAUUGGACUCGAAUCGCUUGUUGAUGAUAUCACAAACCAGGUGGCGACGAGGAACGGCCAGCCCGGCACCGCGACGGCUAUCCUCGGCCCCUUCUGGCGCGCCGACACUCCCGUUCGCAGCAACGGCAGCACGAUCGUGCUCAAGGUCCCAGAGGACGGUCAAGUUGCGUGGAUGUACGGUCAAGUAACAUGCUCCAACACCGGAAAGCCGUUGGCCAACGCGUCGGUUGAUGUCUGGCAAGCCUCAACAAAUGGUUUGUACGAGCAACAAGAUGCCGAUCAGCCUGAACACAACCUGCGUGGUGUGUUCAAGACUGACUCGGAGGGCCGCUAUGGCUUCUACUGCCUGCGACCCACCCCCUAUCCCGUUCCCGACGAUGGCCCAGCUGGCAAGCUGCUGGGACUCCUUCACCGCCACCCAUACAGACCGGCUCACAUUCACCUGAUUGUCCGCUCAGAGAGCUUCCAGUCUGUCACGACACAAAUUUUUGACGAGGACUCCAAGUACCUCGAGGAUGACUCUGUUUUCGCGGUGAAGGAUGGCCUUACCGUGAGGUUCUUGGAAAGGAAAGGCGAUGCUAAGGCUCCCUGGGAGCUUGAGUACAAUAUCAAGUUGGUCCCCAAGUAA